AUGGCGACGUGUGGGGCGAGUUCGAGCGCCGUGUGCGCGCGCGCGAGCGUCCGAGACCGCACGCGAUCGCUCAAAUCGUUCAAGCGAAACGCCACGCUUCGCUUACGGGCCGUUGUGGACAGCGAGAACGAAGCGUCGAGCGCUGCUGGUAAAAAUGCGCCGUCCAGACCGGCGGAGUUGCAGCUGCGACCGGCGGGGGUGAGCGACGCGGUCGUCGACAGCCAAAAGGCGCUCGAGGCGUUGGCGAGAUUGGGGGGUAAUCCGUACGAGAGCGAGCGCAAGUCAAGCAUCGUGACUAUCGGCUUGAGCAUUCACAGCUGCCCGGUGGAGAUUCGCGAAAAAAUGGCAGUCCCGGCGGAGGCGUGGAACGAAGCCGUGGCGGAGCUGUGCUCGUAUCCGCACAUCGAAGAGGCUGGAAUUUUGUCGACGUGCAAUCGCAUGGAGAUUUAUGUCGUCGCGCUGAGCUAUGAGCGCGGUUUGAAGGAAGUUGAGGAGUGGAUGGUGAAGUACUCUGGGGUUGACUUGGAGUCGCUUAGAAACCACCUCUUCGUGCUCAAGGAUCGCGAGUCCACGGCGCAUCUUUUGAAGGUGUCUGGAGGUUUGGAUUCGGUCGUGAUGGGUGAAGGGCAAAUUUUGGCUCAAGUCAAGAACGUGUUCGCCAUGGGAGAGGGCGUGCCCUCAUUUGGUCGUCACUUGACGGGUUUGUUCAAGGCGGCGAUCACCGCCGGGAAGCGCGUGCGUAGCGAGACGUCCAUCGCCUCCGGUGCUGUGUCCGUUUCCUCCGCCGCGGCUGAACUCGUGCAGUUAAAGCUCCCGUCGCAGUCGUUCGAGGGUGUCAAGGUGCUCAUCGUCGGCGCAGGUACGAUGUCCAAGCUCUUGGUGAAGCACUUGGCGUCCAAGCGCUGCACGGAGAUGACCAUUGUGAAUCGCACCAGGCCGCGUGCCGAGGCGCUCGCGGAGGAGUUCCCGGAAGUGAACAUGCGCAUUGAGCUCAUGGAUCAGUUCUUGCCGCUUGCGAGCGAGCACGAUGUGAUCUUCACCGCGUCUAGCGCGGUUGAUCCGAUCAUCAGCAAGAAAGACUUGGCCGCCUUCCCGGUGUGCGGCGAAGUCGUCGGUGGCAAGCGUCGCCUCGUGGACAUCGCGGUGCCGCGAAACGUUGACGCAAACUGCACCGAAGAUCCGAACACCGUGGUUUACAACGUCGACGAUCUGAAGGAACUCGCCGAGUUGAACAAGGCGAAGCGAGAGCAAGCGGCGCUGGAAGCGCAGGCGCUUUUGCAAGAGGAGCAGCGAAACUUCGAGGCGUGGAGAGAUAGCUUGGAAACCGUGCCGACGAUCAAGCGUCUUCGUCAAAAGGCUGAGGACUUGCGCCAAGCAGAAUUGGACAAGGCUAUGUCCAAGCUCGGUGAUGGGUUGACGAAUAAGCAGAAGAAGGCGGUUGAGGAGCUUUCCCGGGGUAUCGUCAACAAGCUUCUCCACGGGCCCAUGGCGGCGCUUCGAUCAGACGGUUCUGAUCCCACCGCCGUGGCCAUGACCCUGGUCAACAUGCACGCCCUUGAGCGCAUGUUCGACCUGCGCAACGUCAAAGAGUAA